AUGGGGUCUGAUUGCAAGGAUGACAGGGAGGAAGUUUUACAGGCAUGGUAUAUGGAUGAUAGUGAUGAAGAUCAGAGGCUCCCCCAUCACCGGGAUCCAAAGCAAUUUGUGUCCCUGGACAAACUUGCUGCACUUGGGGUACUCAGCUGGCGAUUAGAUGCUGAUAACUAUGAAACUGAUGAGGAGUUGAAGAAAAUUCGUGAGGCCCGUGGAUAUUCCUACAUGGACUUCUGUGAGGUUUGCCCAGAAAAGCUACCCAACUAUGAACAGAAGAUCAAAAACUUUUACGAAGAACAUCUUCACACUGAUGAAGAGAUUCGUUACUGUGUCGCGGGAAGUGGCUAUUUUGAUGUACGGGAUCUUGAUGAAGCUUGGAUCCGUGUCUGGGUAAAGAAAGGGGGGAUGAUUGUCCUACCUGCUGGAAUUUAUCACCGCUUUACGCUCGAUACAGACAACUACAUUAAGGCAAUGCGGCUGUUUAUUGGUGAUCCUAUUUGGACUCCAUAUAAUCGUCCACAUGAUCAUCUACCCGCCAGGAAAGAGUAUGUUGAAUCUUUUGGACAGAAAGAAGCUACUAAUCACGCCAUUGAUGCUUCAGCUUAA